AUGACGUUGGAGUGGUUUGACAGUUGAGCUUUACUUUGUUGGUGUGUUGUUUGCCAAAUAUUGCUUAGUAAAAUAGCAAAAGAAUAAAUUUUAUUAGCAGACAUUAAGUGCAGUUGUGCAUACUCGGAACAGUUAGAGAGGAAACUACUUCUCAAACACUCUAUAAUUACAUACAUCAUUAAGAAAACAUUGGUUCAUUGUAGCGUCUGUACAUGCUGUGAACCAACCUCUUCUUCGGUCUUUGAAAUCAGAAGAAAAAGACUUUCUUUCCAUUCCAAUUGUUGAUAUCGGCACCGCACCGCGAAAAUAAGAAAGAAAUUCAUCAAAUUUGAUAAAAAGUAAUUUUUACACACCAUGACGGCUUUCGAAGAGUUUGGUGUAAUGCCGGAGAUAGCCCAAGCUAUCGAUGAGAUGGAAUGGAUGCUGCCGACCGAUGUGCAGGCCGAAGCAAUUCCGUUGAUUCUUGGCGGUGGCGACGUACUGAUGGCGGCCGAAACGGGUAGCGGCAAAACCGGCGCCUUUUGUUUGCCGAUUCUGCAGAUCGUGUGGGAAACGUUGCGCGACAUCAAAGAGGGUAAGACGGGAAGAGCCACUUCACACAAGGGACAACCGUGGACGUUCUCGUACACCGAUCGUGGCCAUGCAAUGGCUAUCACGCCGGACGGAUUGCGCUGUCAGUCGCGUGAGCAGAAAGAAUGGCACGGAUCGCGUUGCACCACCGGCGUGCGCAGCAAAGGCAAAUACUACUAUGAAGCGACAGUGACGGAUGAAGGCUUGUGCCGUGUGGGGUGGUCGGCAGAGCUGGCCAGCCUCGAUCUCGGAACCGAUCGUUUCGGGUUCGGAUUUGGUGGUACGGGCAGAAAAUCCAACUGCAAGCAGUUCGACGUGUACGGGGAAGCUUUCGGCAAGCAGGACGUCAUUGGAUGCAUGCUCGAUCUGGAUGGUAGAGAAAUUGGGUUCUCCAAGAACGGUGUGCUUCUCGGUACAGCAUUCAAGCUAAGCGAUGCAGAUGCAAAGAACAAUUCUUACUACCCUGCCGUUGUGUUGAAGAACGCGGAAAUAGCGUUUAACUUUGGACAAACCGAUUUCAAAUACCCGUUGCCUGCCGGUUACACGCCCGUGUGCAGCGUGGCCAAAGAGAACUUGGCGGAAAAUCCCAACACGGGCCCAGCGGGUAGUGCUGAAGGCGAGGCCGCCAAACCAAAACCGAACGCUCCGCAAACCAUCGUCAUCGAACCGUCGCGUGAGUUGGCCGAACAGACGUUCAACCAGAUACGAAAGUUUAAGAAGCAUCUGAAAGAUCCGGAAGUUCGCGAAUUGCUGCUCAUCGGUGGCGUGAAUGUUCGCGAACAGAUGGAAGUACUGCAGCGCGGGGUGGACAUCAUUGUGGCGACACCCGGUCGACUGGAAGAUCUCAUCGGUGGCGGGUACGUGCUGCUGAAUAGCUGCAGAUUUUUCGUGCUGGACGAAGCGGAUGGCUUGCUGAAGCAGGGAUACACCGACAUGAUCGACCGCCUGCACAAACAGAUACCGAAGAUAACGGCUGAAGGUCGCCGGCUGCAGAUGGUGGUGUGCAGUGCCACACUGCACUCGUUUGAGGUGAAGAAGAUGGCCGAAAGGCUGAUGCACUUCCCAACAUGGGUUGAUCUGAAGGGUGAGGACGCUGUUCCGGAAACGGUCCAUCAUGUAGUGUGCAUGGUCGACCCACAAAAGGACUCGAGCUGGCAAUCGAUGCGUACGCACAUCCAAACGGAUGGCGUGCAUGCACGUGACAACGUGCGCCCCGGAUCGAAUACUGCGGAGACGCUUUCGGAGGCGGUGAAAAUGCUCAAGGGGGAAUACACGCUGAAAGCAAUCGAGGAGCACAAUAUGGAUCGUGCCAUCAUUUUCUGCCGCACCAAAUUGGACUGCGACAAUAUGGAGCGGUAUCUGCGGCAAAUCGGUGACCAGAAGUACUCGUGCGUUUGUCUACAUGGCGACCGCAAUCCAAAGGAGCGCAAGAUCAAUCUGGAGAAGUUUAAGAACAAGGAGGUGAAAUUCUUGAUCUGCACUGAUGUGGCUGCCCGCGGGCUGGACAUAACCGGUUUGCCGUUUAUCAUUAACGUGACGCUGCCGGACGAAAAGUCUAACUAUGUGCAUCGUAUCGGUCGUGUCGGACGUGCCGAUCGGAUGGGAUUAGCAUUUUCGCUGGUUGCGUCAGUGCCGGAAAAGGUCUGGUACCACGGGCAAUGGUGCUCGUCGCGUGGCAAAAACUGUUGGAACACCGAGCUGACGGACGUGAAGGGGUGUUGCAUGUGGUACGACGAAAAAAUGUACCUCGCCGAAAUCGAGGACCAUCUGACGGUGACCAUUCCCCAGAUUGAAAAGGACAUGAAGGUUCCGCUGAACGAGUUCGACGGUAAAGUGGUGUACGGUGAGAAGCGCAUGAACACUGGCACUGGCUACAAGGACCACGUGGAGCAGCUAGGUCCCGUUGUGCGUGAGUUGGCUCGUUUGGAACGAGAAGCGCAGACACUCUAUCUCAAACGCUUGGCGGUGUAGAGUGCGUGACGGAAUUUUCCACAAUUCAGCGAUCAUCGAUGUGUGAGUGGGCUACCAACGUAAGAAAUACAAGUAACAAUUUAUUCGAUAUCCGACAAA